UUAUUUAAAUUGUUGUUUUAUUUUAGAACAAGGUGGCAACGCCUCAUUUGAUGGAUAUGUAAUUGUAUGCAAUCAGGAAAAUAUCGAGGAAGGAACAAAAUUGGAACUACCUGUUGAUGAAGAUGGACUUUUGCCGCUGGCAACACUUUCGCACUCGUUUCCAAGAGCAAUAGGCUUGAAAUUUAAGAAUCCAUCCACAGGAGUAUUUCGUACACUGGCAAAGCGAAGUUCACAUUUAUCACCGAUUAAACCUAAGAGAUUAGUAAAUGAGGAAACGAAAAAAAUUCUUCCACCCAAAAAUGGUUGGACGAAAAAUUGUUAUGUGGCCAUAUUCAAUGAAGAUACGAAAGUGUAUAUCAUUCUAUCGAUUUGCAAGCCGCUACCGACUGAGAAAAUGCGAGAUUGUAUUGGAUUAACGUAUGACUGCCGUCGAGGAAAUUAUGUGACGGUUUCUUUGUAUGAUUCGAUUUUAGCAUCCGAGAGACAGAAGCGGCUUAACGACGAUGACAGUGAUGAUCCUAAUAGUAGUGACAAACGAGCCAUUUUGGAAGCAAGUAUGACUGACGUUCCGGUCGAUUUGAUCGUUCGAAAUAUUUCUUUCGAUACAACCCAAGAAACACUUGAAAAUUAUUUUCGGCAAUAUGGCGAGGUGAUAUUUGCCGAGGUUCGUGUCAGCAAUCGCAUAUAUCUUCGGAUUUGCUACAAUUUACAGAUUAAGCGCGACUACAAAACAGGAAGACCGAAAGGUUUUGGCUUCAUCAAAAUGAAAAAUGUAGCAGAUCAAACCAAAGUACUCGAAAUAAGAGAUCAUUUAAUCGAUGGAAGAGUUACUCAGGCAGUCAACCGACAUGUUUCGUAG